GCGACCUACUGGAGUGCUGCCAUUCCAUUUUCGCUUCAGAAUGUACCAAAAGAAGUGGUGGAACUUGACCUUGCAAUCUGCCUGUUGGAUGAUAAUUUUCUAGUGACCCUUCCAACUGCUUUAAAAGAGAUGGAUGGUUUAAGUGUUCUAACAGCCUCCAACAAUAUGAUGCGAAUUUUUCCAUACAAUUUGUUUCCAUUACAUGAAUUUGCUUUGGAUUUGUCAAAUAAUCCAUUCACUUCAAGCUAUUUUGUGAUACCAGAUAGACCUCAGAAGUACAAAGUACCAUCUCUCAAGGAACUUGCUGCCCGAACUGUGGUUGACUACAGAUUACCUGUGACCACUUUACCAUGGUGUCUUAUAGAGUAUCUGCAAAGUGUGCAAUUUUGUGCAAUAUGCUCUGGUGGAUAUUUUGAGAGCUCUAUUGCAUGCCGUUAUAUACCCAGUUUCAGAGUCUACAUUGAGGUUUUGCCAGGAAAUGGACACUUACAUGGUCCAGGCUUCAUUAUAAACUUGUGUUCAAGAAGCUGCAUGCAGCCAGAGUUAAAGUUUUGUGAGGUUCUCAAUCAUUUAACCCCUGAACAAUAUUACGAUUGGAUUAAAGAAAUGUUUUGAGCUGUACGCACUCUAAGUAUGCUGACAGAGUUAAAGUUUUGUGAGGUGGUCAAUGAUUUGGCACCUGAACAGUAAGAUGAUUUGAUUAAAGAUAUAUGUUGAGCUGUGGCUACUCUCUUUCUAGCAUAUCACUGACAUAAGCAGGUCUAUGCACUGUUAUGAGCACUUGCCAUAUUUUAUUUUUGUAAUUUUAGAGGUAGUUUUCUGAUGAUUUAUUGGCAGAAUUUGACACUUUGAAAUGUUUACAACCAAUAGUUUUAUGUGCUUUGUUACACAUAUUAAAAUUCUGUUGUUGUUUAUUUGUAAUGAAUCUGUAUUUGCAGCCAGUUGUUCAGUAAACAAUGAAGGUGUAAAGUUUUAAAUCUUGGACCAGUACUCUGUUGGGACAUCGUGAUAUUUGAAAUCCCAGUGCUAUGGAGGUAGUGAUUUGAUUUGAUAUAUUAUUGGUCCUGUAGAUCAUACAAUUUGUACAGCAAAGCACAUCAUGAUAUAGGACAAGUCAAUUUGAAAAAUUAUGUUAAGAUGGUAUAUGACGAGAGAUGACAGUAGUGGUACAUAACUCACAUAGCAGAAUACAUACAGGAUAUAUAGACAAAAUAUAAAAAAGGUGGUGUGUGAUGAGAGAUGGCAGUGGUGCAUAAUGCACAUAGCAGAAUACAUAUAUGAGAUAGUGGAGGUGAACAUGAUCUGUUUUCAGUGAUUGCCUUAUGUACUAGCUCAGUUUGUAAUUUUGCAUUUUCAGUACUUAUUUCAACAAUAUUUGAAACCAUUUCAGUGGUUAAGGACUUUGUAUUUGAUAACUAUAUGUAUAACUUAUUCUGCACAUUUUUAUCUUCUAGUCAGAGCAUUAAUUCCAUUGUAGGGAAGUAAAACUCAAAUGCAUCUGUUUACACCUAGUGCUCAUUUUGGACAGCAUGUUUUCAUGGCACAGUCACUGCAAUUUUGCAAAUUUAAAAUAAAAGUACAGGUUUAGGAAAGUUAUGUCUCUGUUGGUGGUAUUAAUUUGCAUAAAAUCUGCAAAACAUAAUUGGCACUCUUAUACUCACAUUGUGGUAUCUGUACAGUCCACUGAGAGGAAGUGAUUUACAGAAUCAUUAAUUCAUGUCAUGGGUUACUAGUUGUUGGCAAACACUGUCACCACUGGUACUACAUUACUCUUGCGGCUUAAAUAUGUGACUAUAAAAUUUAAUAGAAGCUGUGUUUCAGUAAUAGCAUUAAGAAGUUAUUAGCGAUAAAUAAGCUAUACAAUAAAUUCAAAAAUAGAGCUAUAAGUAAAUGUGUGUUAUUCAGUAGUUAAUGAGUGUAAUUGUAGUUGGACUUCCUGUUUUGGCUGCAGUUCAGCAUUACUCACAGAGAAUGUAUGUAAUAUGUAAUGAGAACAAUAAGACACACAUGAACUUUUGUGCAUCUGAUUUACAUGUUACUAAUAAAU